GCAGCUAUCUUUUGAUUCCGUGCAUACAAACGAAUCUUCAAUCAAUCCCUGAUCCCCAAUUGAACCUCGAGCAAUUGUCAACAUGGUGUUCGCGUGGAAAGCCGCUGGUUUGAGCUACAACCGCUACCUUGCCGUCGCAACCCGCGUCGUGCGCCGAAGCUUGAAGGAGGAAAAAAGACUAAUUGCCGAACGACGAGGAGAUACGGAACUACGAUUCGCUAAGUGGGAGAACGGCAAGAUGGGCGAGACGAGACCCUUAGCUGAAGCCAACGCCGCUGCUGGUGUUGCAUCCGUUUCCAGUGGUUCGUCAUAAACUACGAAACUACGAAAUAUACGAAUCCUUGAUGAGAGUGAAACUUGCGAGGAUGGGUAGGACCUAUAAGACACAGAUGCCGCAUGCGCAUGCGCAUACGGAUAGACAAGAUCAACGGUAGCAAAACACCAUUAUGCCGCCUCGUGUAUAGCUGUAUAAAAUAAAGCAGUUUCAUCCUAAAAAUAAGUCCCUUAGAUUUACCUACAAUACCUACAAUAGGUAGAUACUAAAUCCGUGCGUA